AACUGCGCCAAAUAUUGGAAAGCUCUUGUGAUUGCUUGUAACCAAUUGAACUUUGGUUUGAAUUUUAAUUCGAAAAGAAAGUCAAUUGGAAGUGCACGUGCGCGGUGAAGCAAACAUUUUUAAAUUGUUAAUAAGUAAGAAUAAUAAUAAGAAAAAUAUGCCUAAAGCUUCGAAAUGUCGCGUUCGCGAGUGUUGUAGUGAACAAAAUGUUCGAUCGUUUGCAUUUCCCAAAAAUCGGGAAUUAUUAAAAUUGUGGAAGGAAAAUUUGAGGAUCUCACCCUCAAUGCAAAUGCCAAUGCACAAUUCAUUUGUAUGCAUUAAGCAUUUUGAGGAGGAUGCCGUGGGACCAAAAUAUCUCAAGAAUGGAGCGGUUCCAACUUUAAACUUGGGCUAUGAUGAUGUUCCACCGAACAAGUGGACCGAAAAAAAGAAAAAAAGGAGCUGCUGUAUCGAGAGCUGCGUGCCUAAGGAUAAAGUUAUACUUUUUGCGUUUCCUAGGGACGAAGAGACACGUAAGAAUUGGGCCUUGGCUUGCAACGUGCAAGUGUCAAGCACUGACAGGGUUUUUAUUUGCCAACGCCAUUUUGAACCCACAUUGGUUACAAAAUACCAUCUCUUGAAAGGGGCUUUUCCUUGCUUCAAUUUAGAGCCAGUAAAUAGAAGUCGCUCGCCUAGUGCUGGCUCUGAUUGGGUUUGCCCGCCCGUCACUGCAACUUAUAGUAAGGUAGUUAAGCAAGUAGAAGAAGAUUUAACUCUGGAAGAGUUUGAGAAAUAUUCGAUAUUAGAGGAAAACAGGCAGGCUAGUUAUAGUAAUCAGAUCUGCGUGGACUUAGAAACCACAACCACUCGCGAACGGUUUGCUCAGUCUGCUCGCUAUUAUCAGAGCAACUCGGUCAAAUUAAAUAAACAUUUAGAAGUUAUUCAAGGCCAAUAA